AUGAGUGAGUUUUUUUUUUUUUUUUUGACGUGCGACUCUCCCCGUUACGAAGGUGGUUCGCAGUACAGUAAAAAGGCCAGCUCGUUGGAAACUGCAAACCUUGAAGCUGUCAAACCACCGGCAAGCCACAGAAAAUCAACUUGUCAGAAAAAAAGUCAAGGCAUGCGGUUCUGUUUAGAAUAA